UUCCUCCCCUCCCUUCGCUGCUAAAAAGUCGACUUAGCUAGCCAGCGGGACGAGCUGUUCAAACCUUACAGCCUAAUUAUUAUGAACUGAUUGAUCCGUGUAGUAUAGUUGAUUACAGUUUCCACAAUCCCGGUACCGAGAAAGUUAACAAGAUGAAUAUACGAAACGCCAGGCCGGAGGACCUCAUGAACAUGCAGCACUGUAACCUGCUCUGUCUUCCAGAAAACUACCAGAUGAAAUACUAUUUCUAUCACGGACUGUCCUGGCCUCAGCUCUCAUACAUUGCAGAGGACGAAAAUGGCAAAAUAGUGGGAUAUGUGCUGGCAAAGAUGGAGGAAGACCCAGAUGAUGUACCCCAUGGACACAUCACAUCCCUGGCAGUGAAACGCUCCCACAGGCGUCUGGGUCUGGCUCAGAAGCUGAUGGAUCAGGCCAGCCGGGCCAUGAUAGAAAACUUCAAUGCUAAAUAUGUCUCGCUUCAUGUCCGCAAAAGCAACCGGGCAGCCCUGCACCUGUACUCAAACACACUCAAAUUCCAGAUAAGUGAGGUAGAGCCUAAGUAUUAUGCAGAUGGGGAGGAUGCCUACGCCAUGAAGAGAGACCUCGCCCACAUGGCUGAUGAGCUGAGAAAGCCUGGCGUGCGUGUUUCGGGUCAAGAAGCACCGUCUGGCCAGAGCCCGUCAGGGUCUGGCGACCAGGAGAGAGAGAGUGAGAGAGACAGCGGAGGAGAGAGCAAAGAGCUGAGUGAAGUCAGCGAGGCAACAGAAAGCACAGACGUUAAAGAUUCUUCCUCUGAUUCACAAUGACACUGCAGUUCUAGACAUUUUUAAAUUCACUCCCCACUUCCUCUUUUUAUCUGUAUUUGACAAUAUCUCUGGCUUUACAAACUGUGACUAUCUUUGCAUCAAAGCCAUUCCCAUGAUAUUUCUCCAUCACUGUUUUUUUUCUCAAGUGCAAAGAGUCUUGGAUAAUGACAUGAAUCAGGGUGUUACCUAAAGUUUUUAUUGGACUGCUGUCGGCAUUAGCAAAAGUGGCCCAAAGUUGGGAGAGUUACAGUAUUGAAAACAACCUGUGCUUUUCAAUUUGUCACAAUCUGGUCUCUUAACUAUUUAACAGAUUUGCUGCAAAUAAAUCUUUCAAAUAAAA